AUUCCGAACCUCAACGGAUGCUCCACAUCGUCUCCCUGAAUCCAGGAUUCGGCUUCUUCGAUAGAGUGGCGUCUUGGAUGGGUGUAUGCUGUAAUAUUUAAUUCAAGAAGAAGUAGGUUGAAUAGGUAAGGAGCACAGAGCAGCACUGUUUCCUUACAAAAAUCUUGUUCCAUUUCUCACAUCGUUUGACCUUCCCUUCUUCUAUCUUCCUCAACAGCCACCACUCCAACCAAACAUCAUGAAUUGCAGUGCUGUUGACUCAAGAGUGUUCAGAAAUCUCUUUGGCACACAAGAGAUUCGAGAUGUGUUCUCUGAUACAUCAUACGUCCAGUGCAUGAUCGAUGCCGAGACGGCACUCGGCCGAGCUCAAUCAAAGGUCGGCAUUAUCCCCAAGAAUGUUGGAGAGACCAUCACCAAAAAAUGCGAUAUCAAGAAGAUAGAUUUUGAACGUCUAGCAAAUGAGACAGAUAUUGUUGGCUAUCCAGUCCUGCCACUUGUUCGUCAGCUGGUGGAAAUGUGCCCCGUGGAAGAAGCGGGCUACAUCCACUGGGGGGCCACGACUCAAGAUAUCAUGGAUAUCGCUUCUAUAUUGCAAAUGAGAAGUGGUCUCAAAAUUGUCAGGAGGCAAUUGGAAGAGUUGAUAUACACACUCACCCAAUUAUCGAGGCAGUAUCGAGAUACGCCUAUGGCAGGAAGAACACAUCUACAGCAUGCAUUACCCGUAACAUUUGGUUACAAAUGUGCAGUGUAUCUCUCUUCUAUUCAGCGCCACUACGAACGUCUAGACCAGCUCGAGACCCGCUGCCUCCUUGUGCAAUUUGGAGGUGCCGCCGGAAGUCUGGCAUCACUUGGUAAUGAAGGAGUAGGCAUUAAAGUUCGAAAAGAGCUUGCUAUGGAACUUCAGCUUCAAGACCCAUCAAUCACGUGGCACGUGGCACGAGACUCCGUAGCUGAGAUCCAGAACUUCCUCGCACUAGUCGGAGGAUCCCUCGGAAAGCUUGCACUUGAUAUCAUUAUCAUGUCAUCCAAUGAGCUCGGCGAGGUUUCUGAACCUUUCGUACCGCAUCGUGGGGCCUCAUCUACCAUGCCUCAAAAGCGGAAUCCCAUUUCGAGCGAGGUGAUCCUGGCAGCUUCCAAGGUUCUGAGAGCAAAUGCUGGAUUGGUACUUGAUGGCAUGGUCAGCGACUUUGAGAGAGCUAGUGGACCAUGGCAUUUGGAGUGGGUCGCAAUUCCAGAGUCUUUCAUCAUGGCAUCUGGAGCGUUACAUCAAACGAUAUUCGCUAUGAGCGGAUUAGUUGUCAAUGUUGAUGCUAUGCUUGACAACCUGAACUCAAUGAGAGGGUUGAUCGUAGCAGAAGCUGUGAUGAUGGAACUUGCUCAGUCUUUUGGUCGAAAUCCAGCACACGAUAUUGUCUAUGAGGCUUGCAAGGAGAGCAUUGAGACCAAAGUGGCCCUCAUUGAUAUCUUGCUGAAGGAUGAGAAGGUGAAGGAGAAAGUUGAAGAACAAAAGCUUAGGGACUUGUGUGAUCCAAGGCAGUAUCUGGGAGGAGCUGCGGAAAUGACAGACGCUGUUAUCGCGACUCGGGGGAACUGGGGAAGCACGCUUAAGAAAAGAAAUGGUGUCAACGGUAUAAAUGGCGUCAAUGGUGUCAAUGGUUUCCACUAGAUGUGUUCUCUCUCUUUACGAGUUUCAGCGAAAGAUUUGUAUGUAUUGUAUAGAAUGAAAAGAGCGAUAUUAUUCCGAGA